AUGAUCACCAGGAUUCUGGAAGUGGAUAAUCGAACCAUGACCACGUAUUUCAUUCUUCUGGGAUUUCCAACUCGACCAGCUUUCCAGCUUCUCCUGUUCUCUGUCUUCCUGGCAGCCUACCUGCUGACUCUGCUGGAGAACCUUCUUAUCAUCCUAGCCAUUCGCAGUGAUGGGCAGCUGCACAAGCCCAUGUACUUCUUUCUGAGCCACCUCUCCUUCCUGGAGAUGUGGUAUGUCACAGUCAUCAGUCCCAAGAUGCUGGUGGACUUCCUCAGCCAUGACAAGAGCAUUUCCUUCAACGGCUGCAUGACUCAGCUCUACUUCUUUGUGACCUUUGUCUGCACUGAGUACAUACUCCUCGCAGUCAUGGCCUUCGACCGCUACGUGGCCAUUUGUAAUCCCCUCCGUUACCGGGUCAUAAUGACCGACCAGCUUUGUGGUACACUGGCCGGAGGGUGCUGGCUGUGUGGACUCGUGACAGCCAUGAUUAAAAUGGUUUUCAUAGCCCGGCUCCACUACUGUGGCACACCUCAGAUCAAUCACUACUUUUGUGAUAUCUCUCCACUCCUCAAUGUCUCCUGUGAGGACUCCCCCCAGGCUGAACUGGUGGACUUCUUCUUGGCACUCAUGGUCAUUGCGGUUCCCCUGGGUGUGGUUGUGGCAUCUUAUGCCACCAUCCUCACUGCCAUCCUCAAGAUCCCUUCCGCUCAGGGUCGCCAAAAAGCCUUCUCCACCUGUGCCUCUCACCUGACCGUUGUUACUCUUUUCUACUCCACCACCCUGUUCACCUAUGCCCGCCCCAAGCUCAUGUAUGCCUAUAACUCCAACAAAGUGGUGUCUGUUCUCUACACGGUCAUUGUCCCACUUUUAAACCCCAUCAUUUACUGUCUGAGGAACCGUGAAGUGAAGGCCGCGCUCAAAAAGACCGUACUUUGCAAAGGAAGUGGGCCAAAGGAAGAGGGAGAUUGA